CAUCUGGUAGGGGGGCAUUCAGGGCCGCUUCGCCCCGCAUGUAGCAGCAGCCGCAAUCAGUCGGUCUUUCAGCUUUAUUAUCAGCCGGUCUGUACCGCCGCUGCUAGGAUCCGGUUUGCGUCUGAUGAGAGCGGGGGGUGAGGCUGGGAGGAGGCUUUCUGAGGCAGCUCUCUCCCCCGCUGCCUGGCUGGAGUGGACCCCUCCCUCCUCCUCCAUGUUGGAUCCAUCCACAGAUCCCAGCCGCUGCUGGACCUCCCGCAUCAAAGUUGCGUGUUUAUCCACCUGCGGACAUUCGCAGACUGCGUAGCUGGAUAUUUUCACCGGGCGGAGAAGAAAAGGAGCUUUUCCUGAAGCAGGAAGUUUCCUGGAAUCCAGCAGCCUUCCCUGCUCGCUCCUCCUGAGCGGAGAUGGUCGCAGGCCACAGCCGCCGGAGCCCGCAUGGAUGUCUGUCCUGAGGAGGGACGCUUAAGACCAGGUCCUCCCGAAACGCGCCCCUCCCGGGGAAUCGGAUCAAGUUCGGAGCCAUGAACAGCCACCCUCCGCCCCGCAGGGCUGGGAACGUGGGCUCCCUGCUCCUCACCCCGCAGGAGAACGACUGUCUGUUCGGCUACCUGGGCAGAAAAUGCGCUACGCUGUGUUCGGCCGUGGUGCAGGUGUACCGGGCCGAGCGGAGCGGCUGCUGGAUGAAGAGGUGCUGCGGGGUGGUCUGCCUGGUCAAAGACAAUCCUCAGAGGUCCUAUUUCAUCAGGGUGUUCGACAUCAAGGUAGGAAAAACCAUGUUUGAACAGGAGCUCUACCACAGCUUCUUCAUCAGCAGCCCCAGGCCCUACUUCAUCACUUUUGCAGGAGACAGCUGUCAGGUCGGUCUGAACUUUGCCAGCGAAGAAGAAGCCAAGCGCUUCAGGGUGGCGGUCAACGACCUGCUGAACCGGAGGCAACGGAAAACGGCUCCCCCUCCUGCCCCCCCUCCUCCCCCAGACCUGGAUGGAGUCGGCAGCGGUGAACACUCUCCCAGUUCUCCAAACCCAGGUGGGAAGUCUGCGCUGCUGGAGCAGAUCAGAGGAGGAACCCAGCUGAAGAGGGUGGAGCAGAACAACAGAGCUCCGGUGUCGGGUUCUGGACGGGAUGCUCUGCUGGACCAGAUCCGACAGGGAAUCCAACUCAAGACUGUGUCUGAACAUCCAGAAUCUGGCCCCCCAACACCAGCCCCAGCUGCAGGGAUUGUUGGGGCCCUCAUGGAGGUCAUGCAAAAGAGGAGCAAAGCUAUUCAUUCCUCAGAUGAUGACGAGGAUGAAGAAGAGGAUGAUGACUUUGAGGAUGAUGAAGAGUGGGAUGACUAGUAGAGCCGUCCGCCUUGCUCCCAUGCCUACACUAAAUCUUCCAGACCCUAAAUUCACCCAGAAAUGGAAACGUUUGACUUUCCUCCAUAUUUAUUUUCUUCCAUGUAAUCUGUGCAAUACCUCAGCCGUUCCCUCCACCCAAAACCCUGCUAGGAGGAACUGUCCCGCUCACUGGGAGGCACCUGAAGGCACCACUAACCCGGAGCUGGGACUGGGCCGGCUGCUUUCCUCCUCCACUGAGCAGCAGGGAGGAGGUCGAGCUGCUCCCUGCUUCGGCUGAGCUCAUCUACUCCAUUUCAUCAUCUGUUGUCCGGGCAGGAAAAUCCUUCUCCUCCUGCUUGUUCUUCUUCUUGGCGUCUGACUCAGAGCUCUGACUCUGCGACCAAACUGUGUGGAUCUUUAACUUUCUCAUGUGAUUUAAAGCCGUUUUUGUUUUUUUUGCACAGUUUCUGACGUAGUUUUGUUUUGUGUGUUUUUACGCCGCGGCUGUUAACGUAACCAGACAAUGUUUUUAGUUUCCUCUGGGCGUCUCAGUAAUUUAGAGCUGACAUGAUGACCUUUGUUUUCCCAAACAUUCCUUUCUGUGCAGGAAGUAGCACAGUCAGUCUGUCACACUGUUAAAAGAAGGAAAAAUGUUGUUUCUUUCAGUGAACUAUGAUUUUAUGCAAUGCAAUUGUAAAUGUCCUCCUAUUGCAAAUAUGAGACAAAGCAAAUAAUCCUGAACCAAAUGAGGCAUUUUAAGGAAGCUUGUUGCUUUAGCGAUGCCUGUGAUCGUUUGUCUGCAAACCGUCUGUCCUCCAGCGAGGCCUAAUGCUGCAUCAACAAGCCAAGAUACUGACAGAGAAACCUGUGAAAAGGUUGGGGGGGGUUGAAUUGUAUACCUGAAUAAAUGUUAUUAUUU